GAAAGGAUAUGGAUAAAAGAGAGAUAUAAAUACUUUAUUAUUUGAGUUUUUUUUCUCAGAUUGAUCACAAAGUCCCCUAGGGCCCGGGCUGCCAAUCUAUGAAUGGCAGAUGUUAAAUGCCACAGUGACAAUUUAUUAAGUUGGUGGGGGGAGCUGUUGUGGUCUCAAAUGAAAUGCCAGGACCUAUUGAAUCCCAUGUCAGACUUGCCUAGGGCUCAGUAUCAGAGGCAGCACUUCUAACUAUGGGGCCCCGAGUUCAGACCCAGUAACCCAUGUAGGCAACCUCUUAGCCCUAUGGCUGCUGCGGGCCCCUUUCAUUUCCGGAAUAGCUUGUGUACCUCGCUCCUACCUAUGUGAUCAUUUAAGCCUAACGGGAAAUGUGGGACUUGUAGUUCCUAAUGAUGCUGACAGGCGCGCUGCAUUCCGGGAGAUGGGCGGACGUGUUUCUAGCUCUUUACGAGGACGCGCUUGCUGCGGAGCUGUGUGACGUCAGUGCUCGGGUUUGCGCACGCACCGCCCACUCUGCGUCUGAGCUGCCGGGAGAGAGAGAGAGACAGAGAGACCGGGAGUGAAUAAAAAUGGCAGAUCAGCGGCAGCGCUCUCUCUCCACCUCUGGGGAGUCUUUGUACCAUGUGCUAGGAUUGGAUAAGAAUGCCACAACUGAUGACAUCAAAAAAUGUUACCGCAAGUUAGCAUUAAAGUAUCACCCCGACAAGAACCCAGACAACCCUGAGGCGUCAGAGAAGUUCAAGGAGAUAAACAACGCCCAUGGUAUCCUGGCGGACAGCACAAAGAGAAACAUCUACGACAAGUAUGGAUCCCUGGGCCUCUAUGUGGCGGAGCAGUUUGGCGAGGAGAAUGUCAACACAUAUUUUGUGCUGUCAAGUUGGUGGGCAAAGGCCUUGUUUAUGUUCUGUGGACUGAUUACCGGAUGUUAUUGCUGCUGCUGCCUGUGCUGUUGCUGCAACUGCUGCUGUGGGAAGUGCAAACCGAGACCCCCCGAGGGGGAGGAUCAGGAUAUUUACGUUUCCCCUGAGGACCUGGAGGCUCAGAUGCAGUCGGAUGAGAGGGACACUGAAGGCCCAGUGUUGGUACAGCCCGCUUCCGCCACAGAGACCACGCAGCUCACCAGCGACUCCCACGCCAGCUACCACACCGAUGGAUUCAACUGAGUGUGUGUGGGACCCCAGUGCUGUAGGAUUAGGAAGGAGGGGGGAGGACUGAAUAUGCCCCUACGCCCCCUCUGUUUAAACAACCCCUAACCCUCCAUCUGACCAGCUUUUAUCUGCUCCCCUUGGUGCGAUGAGUGAACAGCCAGGGGGCCGGCGCAUGCUCUCCACUCUCCAUGAUCAGAUUUUAAUUUAUUUUUAUUUUCUGUAUGUCUAGUUUUUAUUGGGUCUAUUUUUGUAUUGGAACCUGUCGAUGCCACCACCCUGGCCCCUCUCCUCCCCAACCCAGAGUAAUUCAUACCCUCUCUCUUCCAAGUGGAUUUCCCUUAGGGGAUGGGGUAUGGACCUUGGAUUGUGUGAAUGGAGCAUGAGAACAAGUCCUAUCCCUUGUGCCAGUUUUGACUCCUCCUUGUGCCCCAGUCACAUUGCUGUGCUGCUAGUUCUGUAAGUGUUUGUGCACUCAAUACAUCCCCCAUCCCCACUCCUUACUCUGUAAUUCUCCUGUAUCACCUCUGAGUGCCAGGAGAGGGUGUCAGUCACUUUUCUCUGGGUAGAAAAGUAAUUGUCUCGCCCUGUGUGUAUCCUGCUUUACCCAUAACUUCAGGAGAGGGUGAGUUUUUGAUCCCAUUUGCUGUAGGUUUAACUUCUGUUUUAGUGCGACUCUGUGGUACCUGUGCCCCAGAAAUGUAUUGAUCUGUUAUAGAGUUUAUUGUGGGUAAUUCUACCCUUGGGUCCUGGCACAGUGACUCCUACUCGGCUGUGCAUAGCGCUGGCAGUGUGGGCAGUGCCAUAUUUAUUUGUAUAUAGUGUCAGUAGUCUACAGAGUGCUGUGCUUAUCUGUAUAUAGUGUCACUAGUGUGCACAGUGCUAAUCAGUGUGUGCGGUGCUGCCAGUGAACCCGUCACUGUGCCAGAGAAGGAGAAUGACUGCCCAAAGACCUCCUCGCACUCUGUCUCCCCCAAUCUGAGUUAGCAUCAGUGUUAUCCCUACAGUCCAAUCUACUAGGCACCCAUCCAUACCAUAAUAUAAGUGUCUGCAGUAGCAACAAAUACCCAUCCAUACAUAUAGUGCCUCCAUUAGUAACAAGCACCCAUCUGUACAUUAGGUGCCCCAAGUAGUAACAAGCACCCAUCCAUACAUUAGGCACUCCAAGUAGUAAUGAGCAUCCAUCUAUACAUUAGUGGCUCAAGUAGUAACAAGUACCCAUCUAUACAUUAGUGCCCCAAGUAGUAACAAGUACCCAUCUAUAGAUUAGUGCUCCAAUUACUGACAAGUAUCCAUCUAUAGAUUAGUGCCCCAAGUAGUAACAAGUAUCCAUCUAUACACUAGUGCCUCAAGUAGUAACAAGUACCCAUCUAUACAUUAGUGCCCCAAGUAGUAACAAGUACCCAUCUAUACACUAGUGCCUCAAGUAGUAACAAGUACCCCUCUAUACACUAGUGCCUCAAGUAAUAACAAGUACCCAUCUAUACAUUAGUGCCCCAAGUAGUAAAAGUACCCAUCUAUACAUUAGCUGCCCCAAGUAGUAAUAAGCACCUAUCUAUACAUUAGCUGCCCCAAGUAGUAACAAGUAUCCAUUUGCUGCCCCAAGUAGUAACAAGUAUCCAUCUAUACAUUAGUGCCCCAAGUAGUAACAAGUACCCAUCUAUACAUUAGGUGCCCCAAGUAGUAACAAGUACCCAUCUAUACAUUAGUGCCCCAAGUAGUAACAAGCACCCAUCUAUAAAGCACCGAUGCAUUAGCAGGGCCUGUCUAAAGCUAGGCACAUGGGUAGAUGUGGUGCCUGUAGAGUUACUAGAUAAUGAGACCCAGUUAAACGAGCCAUAAACAUAAUGUUCAUGUAUUUAUUGAGGGAAAUCGUCCAAGGAGAGAUUUGUGGUGGUGGUUCUGUCCUAGAACAGCUCCUCCUAAAUCAUCCCUAUAGUUUUAAGGUCAGGUGACUCACUGGUCACUUGACAAAUUCUUUGAUAGUUGGACCUGCAUCGUUAGGUCAAUGUCUUGCUUCAUGUUCUCAGGAGCUUCAGUUGGUCUCAUCCUCCCACAGAACAUGCUUCAAAUAGUCUUCUGACUUGUCCAUGUGAUCUUUAGCAAACUGUUGGGCAGCAAUGUUCUUUUAGGAUGGUAGCAGUUUUCUCCUAGCAAUCCUAUUGUUGUUCAGUGUUCUCCUAAUGUUGGGCUUAUGAACACUGACAUUGGCCAAUGCGAGAGAGAGAGAGAAGCCUUUAGUCCCUUAGCUUUAACCUGCCUUACUGAGGUCCCCUGGAGCAUUACAACUCCUUACUCUUGUUAAUCUUUGUUGGAUGAAUUGCAUCCAUGUGUACAUAAUCUGUCUAACAGUGGGACUGGUGGAGCUCCAACUCUUUAGAAAUAGUUCUGUACUUUUUCCAGACUGGGAAACUUCAGUAACUGGUUUACUCUAGAAACCUCCUGUGUUGGAAUCAUGACCCCCCCCCCCCCCCCCAUCCCCACACAACUGUAUUCUUAAGAGUCGACUUUUGGAUAAUGAAUCCCCACUAUAAAUAAGGUAAUCCCCCCAUAUUACCAUCCUAUUAAUUGGACUCCUAAUUUCCUCUAAACAUGACCCGAUGACACCAGAUGGGCACAUUAUUCUGCCCAGACAAUAUGCCACUUUGGAUCAGUUUUCUCAGUAAAUUAGUGGCUCGUUUGGUUAAUUGGAUCUCAUUAUCUAGUUUUAGGGUUUGUGUACAUAUUUAUGUACAAAUAUUGAUUGGUGGGACCUUCAUUUUAUGAGGGGAUUGUGUCAAAACUGUCAAAAUUCUAGGAAAAUUUUAAAAAUCUGGCAAUAGGAAAAAUGCAAAUUGCCUGUGUGGCAUCACAAAAAAUUGCCAUCUGUUCCAGGAUCAUGUUGAAGCGGCAAGCGUAAAAUCGGGGUUCUGCUGUAAUUCCAAGGGGUUCACAGACUCCUGAGCACCUCUGCAUCUGCAGGUCUGCUCAUAGGUACUCACAGCUUACUCCAGGCACUUGGAAGUGGCCAAACGACAGGUUACUGUGUGGCACAACACAUAGACCCAUCUUUUUGGGAGAGGAUGGGACCCAAAUUAAAGGUAAAGUUAAUCAAAAAAAGCAUUUUUUGAGAGACUAACCACGUGUUUGAGGAGGCCCAGGUGCCCUGCUCUGAGCCUUCAGCUUAAUGAAGCAGAUAUCGGACACUCAAAAGGCCUUUUGAGUGCCUGCUUUAUAAACUAAACAGUGAUAAAGGUAAAGUUUUACUUAAGGGACCAGUAUAACCAAAAAGUCAACAGGUUUUCUAUGCAUGUUGAUCUGUUAUGCAGGCCAUACAUGAGCUGAUAUUUACUGCCAACGACAAACUCUCAGUAGCUUAUUGGCCAAUGCAUGGGGCCUACCUGACCAAAAUCUAGAUGAGAAUCUGUCAUUUAUUUAACUGGCAGGUCUAUAAAUGCUGCUAAAAGAGAUGGGUCUGUACAGGCUCCUGUUAUGAUCCAAUCAUUGGCCCUGAUGCCAGACAAAUGGAUUAGUAUGGCCCAGUACCUGGUGACUUUGCCAAAUCUGGAUCUAUUUGUGUACAGCCAACUAAACUCAGUUGGCACAAGCUGCAGUAGCUUUUAUUGUGACGUUACUACGGCACAUACUGUUGGAACCGCCCCCACUAAAGGGUCCAACUAGAGAUCAGGGUGUCAUAUAUUCAUGGCUGGGUAUGCAUGAUGCACAUUAUCAGGACUGACUGCUGGGUGUUUAUUCAGACCAUGUCCUACAAGACAAUGAGUGAAAGGAAGGUUCUUGCUGAUCUAAGAACCAUACACCAGAAUGGGCAGCAGGUUCAACACUUCCCUUUUCGUGAAUUGGAUCCCCCUCCCGUACCUCACAGGGUAUUGGGUACAGCAUCACACUCCAUGGGCAAUCAUGUGACUUGGGGAAGAAAUCUGCCCAGGGCAAGGGUAGAUGUCAGUGACUGUUGGGUAACUUGGGGGGUGCGGGAGAUGCCAGGGUCCCUCUGAAUAUCCACAGAGGAGAGAAUCCUACCCUGUUUAUAGCAUGUCAUGUUAUGUUUGUCUGAAUAUUUUUUCUCCUGUAAAAUGAAACCAGGAUGUACAACAAGUCGAAUCACUACUGUAUAAUAAAUGUUUCAUUGCA